CGUGAUAAAUCGAUUCCCUGAUUGAUCACUACCCACCGAUCCAGUGGGUAGUGUGGACAUACUCAAAGUUCAGGAACUACUGUUUCUGCCCCCCACACACUAUCCAAACUGGUGACAAUGAUGCACUUGACAUCCGUAGAGAAGAAACAGUUGCAGUUCCUUGUUGCAAGGGUGCCUAUUGCCUACCACUUCAUAUAGCAGCAGUGGCAGAAGCACUGCUCCUUGCUUGUCUGCCUGCCUGCCUUCCCUCACAAGCCGUCAGCAGGUGAAGUGAAUUUUUAGGGAGAUAAAUGGAGGUCCCUACUAUGAAGGCGUGAGGAUAUUUUGAAUCCCAAAGACUAAUCUUUGUUCAGAGGCAAAGACGGCUUCAAGCAGACUCGAUUCUCUUAAGGCUUGAACGGGCCUUACCAGGAAAGAAGAGUGUGUAUGCACUUGUCUCUGAGUAGUGAAUUAGCUGUCACUAAUUUUACUGUGUAUUUCAAAUGUUCAAGAUAAGACUCUGCAGUACUAUGAUCUAUAGAAGGUCUGAUUAGUAAAAAGUCCUAAUACUAGACUGGAAUUGAGGCUUUCAAAAUGAGUGAAUUUACACAUACUGAAUUCUAGUUAGAAUUUGUCUGUAAUACUUGGUAUAAGUUAUAUAAACUCAUUUGGCACAAUUAAUAGGGAGUAGUUGCACUUGCUGGUAAAGAUGCUAAAAAACUGUUAGGGUUCCCUGGUUCUUGCCUCAGCUCCACGCUGCCCCUAGUCUAGGAAUUGUUCACAAAUUAGGGAUAGCCAGUGAGUGUGCAACACACACACCAUCUGUAUGGCUACUGGGAAUCCUCCAGAGAGGAUAUCCAGUCAGUUUCUAUUCCUCAAGUAAUGGAAAGGAGUGGAGAAGGGUUGAGAAUCUGGCCCAAUGUUGAGAUUUUGGGAUUAACAUACCAAAGUAGCAAUUUAAAGAUUAGUAUCUUGUGACACUACCAUAAAAACAAUCUAGUUGCAGAUACCAACAUCAUAUAUCCUCUUGUUCAAAUAUAUUGAGAUUUCUGUAUUUAACAAUGCAAAUAUAACUGAAGUGCUAACUAGUUUUUUAUUCUGUUAAAUAUUUGGGUGUAAAAUUCAAUUAAUUGAAAAGGGCAUUCAUUAUAGCAACUUGCUAUAGCAUAUGGAUCCAAGGGCUAUAAAUAAAAUAUGUUGCUGAUUACUUUCUAAAAUAGCUCAAUUGUAUCUAAUACAUUUAAACAUUGUAUCCCAUAAUUCUAAUAUUUGUUGCCAUUAUAGCUACAGUGUGGGUGGAAAAAGCUAAACCAGAAAAGAGCAGAUCUAAGUGUAAGCUACUUUGCAUAUUGUCAAUUGACUAUAAAUUACGCCAGUCUUUGACUCAACAAAACAGCACUGGAACUACAUAGUUCAGGUAAGAGAUUGUCAAAGAAAGCAAUAUGUAUUGGCAAAUAUAUAACAUUAUGGCUUGAAUAAAUAUCUAUCAAAAUUGAGACAGUUUGAGCAACCUGAAAAUUCUGUUUCCUUGGAUUACUUGAGAAUUUUCUCCAUCUCAAAACAGCUGGAAUUUAAUCUGAACAACUUUCAUUAGCAUUGUUUAAUACUGGCUAUAAAGAUGAUCUUCUAAUAAUCCUGUAUUGGGGGAGCGGGGGACGAUGCCGAUUCUGCAAAACAGUCCUGGGUACAGGAAUCCAUCAGGAAUCCUCUUCAGAGGAGACAUGGAACCAGUGUGUCACUUUACAGACAUAAAAAUAAGAUCGAGGUCCCUGCACAAAGGAGUUUUCAACCUAAUUGCAACAUUAUACAGUGAGUGAAAACAUCAAACAUGUAGGUGAAAAGACAAAAGAAGGGAAGAGUUUAAAACUCUUUGAUGAAUGUUUUGUUUGGCUCAGUGAAGGUUACGGGCACUCGAGUGGCAAUGUUUUUUGGGGGAAUGAUGGGAUGGAGAGGUUGUUUACUUUGCCAGUGCGUGAUGGGUGUAUGGGAGUGCCUGUGUCUCUCUGAGUGGCAGAGUGCUAACUGAAAGUGGUGAGGGUUGAAGAGGGAAUUGAAGGAGAUUGAAGUCACUAGAAGCACAGGAGGAAGGAACAAGAAUUCAGCCAGUUAUAGUUUAUAUAAUGCCAGCAAUAAGUACUUUUUGUCAAUUUCAGACUGAGCUGGACUAUGUUUGGAAAUGAAGAGGAUCUGAUGUUACAAAUGCCAAGUUAAACACAAAACACAAUGGAUAGUAAAAGCUACUGUAACUUCAUGGACAGGUUGUCCAUCUACGACUCACAACAUGUGACUAGGCCUUUCGGUGGGGACCCUAUUGUCACGUUUCAUGUGUACCCUGAGACACCUACCCAGUUCACUUGCUCUGAGGAUUUGCCACUUCUUCCUUUUACAUCUGAGGAGUUGAUCACAGAGAACUUCUAUACUGAUCCUUGCAACUUUCCUUACCAAGUGGCCCAGGCUAAUUAUGGCAGAGGUGACUAUUCCUAUGGACCAGCUUUCAUCAGAAAGAGGAAUGAAAGGGAAAGGCAGAGGGUUAAGUGUGUCAACGAAGGAUACGCCAAACUCCGACGUCACCUGCCUGAGGAAUACUUAGAGAAACGGCUCAGCAAAGUAGAAACACUUCGAGCUGCAAUAAAAUACAUUCACUAUCUACAAUCUGUUCUGUACAGUAAUUCUGCAGUGACAGAGAAGAAUAACCUGGAACUGGGCCAUACUUCCAAGGCAAUUACCAGAGAGAUCCAGUUUUGAUGAGUAGCUGAACUGCUCCAGGGAAGAAAAAUAAUCACAGCUGAGGCUAAUAACAAUCACAUUAUUGGUGACACAAAUAUUUCUGUGAAACACAUUUUAUGAACUGUACAAGGCACACAUUUCUAGCUGUCUACUGGGGAAAGAGUUUAAAUUAAUCUACAGGGAAUUACACGGAGAUGAGAAAUCUACAGGAAAAUUAAAUGUAAACUCUUUUUUAGUUAAUUCUUGGAAAUUAGAAAAAAAUCCUUUAACUUAGUUAGAAACCAAAAGUACGACUAUAUAUCAUUUUUCAGAAAGGAGCAAAUGUAUAUGCCAUCUCAGUCUGCUCAUUUUAAAUAAAGUGUAACCUUCUCAUG